AUGGAACCCUGUCGUACUCGACCCGAAUGGUCUAAAACAAUCCCCAAAUUGGACAAGCGUCUUUGGCGGUUAAAUAUUGGGCCAGAUGCGGGUGAAAGUUGGGAAUAUCUCAGUAACGAAGAGGAAGCCAAAGCGCGUCCUCUAAGCUUUGCAGAGAAGUAUUUUCUUGGUCUGGAUUUGGAAGACGCCCCGAAAUUCCAGCCAGCAAAGACCCCUUUGGAAAGUGCUGUUCAUGGGUAUGAAUUUUUUCGACGUCUGCAACUGAAUGACGGGCACUGGGCUAGCCCUUAUGAAGGGCCGAUGUUUCUACUUCCGGGUAUUGUCUUUUCGUUUUACAUUACACAAACUCCUUUUCCAAGGGGAUGGCCAGAAGAAAUAACUCAGUACUUAGUAAAUCAUACAAACGAUGACGGAGGUUGGGGAAUUCAUACGGAGGGUGCAUCUACAGUAUUUGGUACAUCCUUAAAUUAUACCGUACUUCGUAUUCUAGGCAUGAAGCGGGAUCAUCCCAUUGCUGUCAGAGCUCGGGCUUGUUUACAUAAACUUGGGGGUGCUAUUGCUAAUCCGCAUUGGGGGAAGUUUUGGUUAGCUACGCUCAACUGUUACGACUGGAAAGGUAUGAACCCAAUUCCGCCUGAACUAUGGCUUUUACCGGAUUGGGUUCCAAUUCACCCAGGAAAAUGGUGGUGCCACGUUCGACAAGUUUAUUUACCAAUGGGUUAUUUAUAUGGAGAGCAAUUAUCUUGUCCUAUCAACACCCUUAUUCGUGAACUUCGUGAAGAACUAUAUGUGGAUGAUUAUAAGUCAAUCGAUUUUUCCAAGCAUAGAAACACUGUUUGUGAAAGUGAUUUGUAUCAUCCACAUACGACGAUUUUGAAUUCUUUGAACUGGCUAAUGGAUAAGUAUUUUACGUUUCUUCGCCCACAAUGGAUGAGAAAGCUAGGCACAAAGAAAGCAUACCAAUUAAUCCAAAUUGAAAACGAAAAUACAGAUUAUGCUUGUUUGGGUCCUGUGAAUGCGGCGAUGAAUACUUUAUGCGUUUACUAUCAGGAAGGACCAAGUAGCAAAGCAUUUCAAAAAAUUAUUCGGCGCUUGCAUGAAUUUAUGUGGGUUCAACCAGAGGGAAUGCUAAUGCGGGGGACUAACGGACUUCAAGUAUGGGAGGCAUCCUUUACAUUGAGUGCGCUAGCUGAUUCCAGGUUGUAUGAAUCAAAGAUAUAUCGAAAAGAUAUGAUUAAUGCUUUAAAAUUUUUGGAUAGACAACAGAUACGAAAUGAGUAUGCAGGAAAAGGGUACAGGCACAAUAGCAAAGGUGCAUGGCCUUUUAGCAACAUCACACAGGGUUACACAGUUUCAGACACAACUUCAGAGGCUUUGCGCGCUGUAUUGACCGUACAGUCUCUCCCUGAAUUUGAGAAACCAGUAAGCCUUUCUCGAUUAAAGGAAGCAGUUGAUGUUUUAUUGCUUAUGCAAAAUAAAAACUUUGGGUUUGCUUCUUAUGAACCGGUAAGAGCAGGUGAAUGGUUGGAACAUUUGAAUCCUGCUGAGGUUUUUGGCAAGAUCAUGGUUGAAUACUCCUACCCUGAAUGUACAACUUCUGUGGUCCUUGCUUUGCGAGAGUUUACUCGUUAUGAUGAUUCUUACCGUCGUGAAGAAAUUGAGCAAACAAUUCAAGAUGCAUUAUCAUUUGUAAUUAACUCUCAACAACCUGAUGGCAGCUGGUAUGGCAGUUGGGCUAUUUGUUUUACUUAUGCAGCAAUGUUUGCAACCGAUUCUUUAGCUACGGUUGGUAGAUGCUUUGAAAAUUGUGAUAUACAAAGGAAGGCUUGUGAGUUUCUUUUAUCUAAACAGAGGUCCGAUGGAGGCUGGAGUGAAAGCUACAUGGCAUGUGUCACUGGAUAUUACACCGAAACAGAUUCUAGUCUGGUAACGCAAACCAGUUGGGCUUUGUUAGCUUUAAUGCAUGCCAAGUACCCACACAGAAAACCAAUUGAAAGAGGGAUCCAAUUCAUCAUGAAAUCACAAGCUGGCGAUGGAAGCUGGAAACAAAAAUCAAUUGAAGGAAUUUUUAACAAGUCUGUAGCUAUUGCUUACCCGAACUACAAAUUUUAUUUUUCUAUUCACGCUCUAGGGUUGUUUGCACGACAGUAUGGAAAUUACAUUUCCGAAUAUUAA